AUGCUGUCAUCACGUGAGCAUCUUCAAGAACGACAAGGCCAAUACGCAGCACCACGCCACGAAUACUUACAACAACUGGUAGACGAGUUCCAGCGCUCGCCUGACAUUUUCCGGAAGGAAGAAGUGGUGGCAAAUUUAGCCAACUUCGCCUAUGACCCAAUCAACUACAUGUCCCUCGGUCGUCUACGUAUCAUGGACUUAUUCCUUGAUCUCUUGGACGUCGAUCAGGAAGAUCAAGAUUCCAACAAUACCAAUUACGACGAAGAGAUUACAACAUCACCUCCACGAAAGCAUCAACUAGUGGAAUUUGCAAUGGGAGGUAUCUGUAAUUGCAUUGCAGACCCUCAUCUACAACAACAGUUCAUUGACGGUGAAGGAGUGGAUAUUCUCGUGCCAUACAUCCUUGAAAUCCCGCUAAAAAAUGAGCAAAUAGCGCCAUUCACACCUUCCGAGCUCCACGUCAGAGUCUCUGCAUUGUCCAUUGCGUAUUUCUUAUUGGACUCGAGCGCUUUCAUCGAUAUCACUUCCAACAAAAUGAUAACUACGAUGCAAUCACUCCAAUACCAUUCCAUUGUACAAAUUGCUAACACAGCGGCAGGAUUUCUCUGUCGCUAUCAAGAGCUCCUCGCUACAUAA